AUUUCUGGUCUCGCGAGUACGCUCAGGUCCUGCCCCCGCGCGCUUCUCCGGCCCUACUUCCCCGCCUGCGAGAGCGCUCAGGCUCCUCCGCGCGGCUCACGGCAGGUGGCGCUGUCUGCGGCGUCGCAGCGGCCCCUGCUGCCGCGGCUACCAUCUCCCGGCGGGCAGUGCGGCCCGGCUCUUCGGCGGCAGUGAGUGCCACGUCCUAAGUGCUAAGCUGAGGAGCCGAGCGGAGGGUGCGAGGUGGGCGGAGAACAGCCCGGAGCCCGGCUUGGCCACACCGAUCGCCCGCCGCCAUGGGCUCCUCGCAGAGCGUCGAGAUCCCAGGCGGGGGCACGGAAGGCUACCACGUCCUGCGGGUACAAGAAAAUUCCCCAGGACACAGAGCUGGACUGGAGCCUUUCUUUGAUUUUAUUGUUUCUAUUAACGGUUCAAGAUUGAAUAAAGACAAUGACACUCUUAAGGAUCUACUGAAAGCAAAUGUUGAAAAGCCUGUAAAAAUGCUUAUCUAUAGCAGCAAAACACUGGAGCUGCGAGAGACCUCAGUCACACCAAGUAACAUGUGGGGUGGCCAAGGCUUAUUGGGAGUGAGCAUUCGUUUCUGCAGCUUUGACGGGGCAAAUGAAAACGUGUGGCAUGUGUUGGAAGUGGAGUCAAAUUCUCCUGCAGCACUGGCAGGUCUUAGACCUCACAGUGAUUAUAUCAUUGGAGCAGAUACGGUCAUGAAUGAGUCUGAAGACCUAUUCAGCCUUAUUGAAACACAUGAAGCAAAACCACUGAAACUUUAUGUGUACAACACAGACACUGAUAACUGUCGAGAAGUGAUAAUUACACCAAAUUCUGCAUGGGGUGGAGAAGGCAGCUUAGGAUGUGGCAUUGGAUAUGGUUAUUUGCAUCGAAUACCUACACGCCCAUUUGAAGAAGGAAAGAAAAUUUCUCUUCCGGGACAAAUGACACCUAUUACUCCUCUUAAAGAUGGGUUUACAGAGGUGAGAAAACUUCACUACCUGGUUAAGCUACUGUACUUUUCACCAAAACAAGUCAAGUUCAUUUGUGGUUUGUUGUUUUGUGGGGAGUUUGACAGUUUUAUUGAGAUUAAUUCUGUUCAUUCUUUGUUGACUGAAUUUGUCAAUAAACACAAUAAAAGAUGGUGUUUUAUUUUAGGUGUACCAACAGUACCAUUAUUGCCACCAGUAAAUCAGUCCCUCACUUCUGUGCCACCAAUGAACCCAACUACUACAUUACCAGGUCUGAUGCCUUUACCAGCAGGACUGCCUAACCUCCCCAACCUCCCCAACCUCAACCUCAACCUCCCAGCACCACACAUCAUGCCAGGGGUUGGCUUAUCAGAACUCAUGAACGUGGGUUUGCCACCUCUUGCGUCCUUGCCUCCCCGCAACUUACCUGGCAUUGCACCUCUCCCCAUGUCAUCUGAGUUCCUCCCGUCAUUCCCUCUAGUUCCUGAGGGCGCUCCUGCAGCAAGCUCAGUGGAGCUGCUGUCUUCCCUCCCACCCACCGGCAGCCCACCCUCCGAUCCUGUCACGACUACUGCAAAGGCAGAUGCUGCCACCUCACUCACUAUGGAUAUGACACCCCACAGUUCCAAGACCCCCACCACUGUUGAGGACAGAGUCAGCGACUCCGCUUCAGCCAGCGAGAAACCUGUUUCUGCAGCUGUGGAUGCAAAUGCUUCUGAGUCACCUUAACUUUGAACCAGUCGUUGGAAUUGGCGUGGUAUAUUCAUUUAAACCACGGAACGUGUCUGGAGAUGCAAACUAUCAUUAAUUUCAUACUAGUUUGUACCCUAUCUGUAGGCAUCCUGUAAAUAAUUCCAGGGGGAAACUAAGCAAGAGGACAUGGGCUUAUAUCCUGCCAAGUUGGGGUAGGGCUCAUAGGCCAGGGAGGGAAAUGGCAGAAAGUGCUUGUAUUUUAAACAACCAAAAAGAAUUGUAAGGGCGGCUUGCUGCCAGGCUUCCACUGCCGUUCUUGGGGUGUACAUCUUUGGGAAAGGUGGUGGCAGGGCAUCUGCUGGGUUCCCUGUGCCCCUGCUGCUCCUUCUGUAAGAAAAAUGAAAUAUUUUAUGCCUACUAUUCACAUGCAACAUUUCUUGUACUUUGUAAAUCAUUUGCAAGAAUGCAGACCACCUCACUAAAUCAUAAAAAGGAAAGGAUAUUUUAGGAUGCGAGUCACAUCUCUAUUAAGGUUUACACAAGAAUUCCAACUGAAGAUAUCUAUUAAAGUUACACAACAUACAUUGUUAACUGAACAUCUUUUUAUUCAGCCUAUACACAGAUCCUUGUUUUUGAGCUCUCAAAAUUAUUCAGACAACAUUUUGUAACUGCUGCUGUUGCUUUCUAUGUCCACCAUAAAAUGGCAUUUGAAAUAAAGGAGACGUUGCAGAGUUUUAAACCAGAAGGUGGCACUUUGUGGCUACUUAACACUCUCGCUAUGCUGGGAAAGGAUAGAAACAGCAAUAAAUGACAGUCAUUUUACUUUU